AUGGUCACUGCUGCAACCUUGCCCUGGCUCCAGAGUCCCAACGUCCGGCUGCCGUCGGACCCGCCGGAGACUCUCGACAUCCUGUCCUUCGAGGUAGCCAGCACAAUGUCUCGCCUCAUUUCUCUCUACAGCUUCCUCUCCGAGAACGAAUUCACCAGGCUUCGGUACGGGCCGUUGAGAUCGAGAGGAGUCAGGUACUUGAAUUCCGACGACGAGUUCCACCUUCUAAGUCUAGCCUGCUGUGAGAAGCUCGACGAGCUCGAUUCGGCGGCCUUCACCGUGUCUCGUCUAGGCCGGAGAUGCUCCGACCCGGGUCUCAGAUGCUUCAGUUACGAUUACGAGGAUUUGAAACAGGGGAUUGUAGUGGCUCGAGACAGGGUCGAAUUCUACUCGAAGCAAGGGAACGGGAGCAAGAUUUUCCGCAAGAUGGAGAAGUACGUCUCCGCAACGACACAGCUGCACGCGGGGUUGGAAAGUUUGGCGGAGAUGGAAGCGUCCGAGCGCAAGUUUCAGAUGCUGAAGCUGAAACUGGAGCCCUCCAAGUUCAUCACGAACAACGGCUGCAUUGACGGGCAGAGGAUAGCGGCGCAGCGGAAACAGAUCAAACGCUGCAGAGAAACUUCCCUUUGGAACGUGACGUUCGACAAGAGCGUUCGCCUAAUGGCCGAAGCGAUCCGAGUGAUCUUCAUCCGAAUGUGUAAGCUCUUCGGACCCUUCGUCUCCUUCCUUCCUUGUCUUGCGAGGAGCAGCAAUUUGGGUUUGAAAUCGAAGCCGAAGAACGCCCAACUGUACGCGUCGGGCCCAAUUCAGAAAUCUUCAAUACCAUCAACUCCGCCCAGAUUUUACAGUCAGGAACUUUCAUCGAACACCUGGCGUGCAAACCCCAGGGAAGAAACCAGACAGAGACUACCGAUAACGCCGCCAUCCACGGCGGGCGGGUCGGGCCUGGCUCUGCGACUCGCGGAGAUAAUCGUACUGGCGGAGAGAUACUUGCACUUCACGACGAGCAUAGACGACGAAGCGCGAUCGGCAAUGUACGAGAUGCUGCCCGAGAGCUUGAGGGCGGCGGUGAAGAGGAAAUUGGAGAGGCAGUGGAAUCGAGAGGAGAUCGGGGGUUCGGGGUGCCAGGUGGCGCUGGCGGAAGGGUGGAGGGAGGCGGCGGGGAAGAUAUUGGAGUGGCUGGCGCCGAUGGCGCACGACACGGUGAAGUGGCAGGCGGAUCGGCAGCUGGAGAGACAGAUGGCGGUGGAUUUGGACGGGAGAGCGAAGGGAUCGGUGCUGCUUGUGCAGACGCUGCACUAUUCGGAUGCGGAGAAAACGGAGGCGGCGAUCGUGGAGGUUUUGGUGGCGCUGAGUUGCGUGUACAGGUACGAGGAUCUUAGAUUCCGUCGGGAUUAA